AUGGCCUAUUCUGGCAAACAAUUUGAGGACAACGAACCAUCUCCCAUGUUCGAAUUUAAUCAACACGAUUCAACUCUCGACCCCACUCGAAUUAUCAACUGGAUCCAAGUGUGUGUCGCUCUUAUCAAAGACGCUCAUGAACUAGACCCCGAAGACAGAACAUUAAAAGUCGAUCUUAACAAUGACGUGGAAUUGCGUGGAGAUACAAGGACCUUUUUGCGUCGAUUCGGAUUGGAUCACAGCGUUGUGGACUUUUAUGCUCCUAAGAUUUCGUGUCUUUCGAGGCGAGAGGAAAGGAGAAUGCGCAGGGCGGCCAAGGCCAAAGAGCCGAAGCAGCUUGGAAAUCACACCAGAUAG